GUAUCAUUGACUCAACAACAUGAGUUUGGCCAAUCGUUCUGUCUUCUUUUGGGUGGCAGCUGCUCUCUGGUUAUUUUCACUCGAUAUAGGAAAUGCUGAAAAGUCAGUCAUCGACGAACUCAUCACCCGCAGCACAGAAGAAGAAUUUAACGAAGAUCUGCUCGACAACUGGAUGCAUGGCAACAUAUCUUAUGAACCCAUAAGCCAACCGGCUCCACCAUUGGCAGGUUCUUCUGACAAAUCGGAUCUUGCACCAAUUAGUCAAACGGUGCUUUUAGAUCAUUCGGAAACAGCCACAGAUUCGGCCAUUCAGGAGGACCCGGAGAAACUCUUUCAUCAAUUCAGGAUGCUCCACUUUCGAAUGAAGACUUUAAAUGAGACAAUGGUAUAUCUUGAGUGGCAGAUCAUGAAUGCCACCAAUGGUUUGGACUCUGAUCGACUUCUCAACAUCUCCACAAUAAGCAAUCUGAAGACCGAGUUAAUUACUCUGAACCAGAGAGUUACCAUGGGCAAACACAUAUGUUACAUAAUCACGGACACGAUAGCCAAAUGCAAUUUUACUGUUCCAGUGAAAUCCUGUUCGAAUUAUCAGUUUCGUCUUGGUGGCGAACGAAACACAGAAUAUGUGACCACUGUUGACAUCGAUUCUCAAAGCUUGCGAGAAGAUCUGUCGGAAAUGGCAAAUGCUCCGGUCAAAUUACGCUGGAAAAUCACCUGCGAUGCUGAUUUUAUGAUGCCGGUUUUCGUCACGUUAGCCGACAUGAAAACAUCCAUUCCGAAACAAGAAAGAUUAAAUGCGACGUGUGAAAAUAGAACAUGUGUAACGAUGACGGAUAAGCUGCGCACUUCUCCGUGUUCCCAAUAUUCUUUAAAGAUUGACGGAAGUGAUCUCCGGAUAGUCAAUACCCCUCCCAACACCAAGAACUUGACUGCAGAAGUUAUUCCGUGGACAUUUCAGUACUUACUGCGUUGGUCCAUCUCGCCAGUAAAUUGCCCAUUCAAUCCUCUGCUGAUGGUUGCUAAGACAAACUCGCUCGAAAAACCAGUAUUUAGUAAACUCACCUUAAGAGCUUCACCAAGUGAUUUUUGCAAGAAAGGAUUUUGCGAAUAUGUGUACGAAGUAGAGCCUUGUGUAACGAACUGGAUCAAAUCAAGCAAUUCGAACACACCUUCUUUGAAAUUACUCCAACCAAGUGUGCUGGAACUCGCGAGCGUAUUUAACGGUGAUUUGAAUAAUCCAGUUCGUUUUUCUUGGAAAUUGGGAUGCCAUUCCGAGAGGAAGAAUUUCUCUAUUGCAUUAACGGAUGAAAUGACUAGAGAGAGGCGUCUCAGUAAUGUUAGCACAACCUGUGACGACGAUUCUCGGCAAUGUGGAGCCUAUUUAAAUAAGGAUCGAAAUGGGUUUUUGCCUUGCAAUCGAUACGAGAUGGAAAUGGAAGGCAGCAGUGACGUGUUAAACAUUGAAACACCCCCACCUUCCACUGUUUUGAUUCGCCCAUUGACAUCCAGUUACACCACAAAUGGAACGCUGGUUAUCUCAAUAUCUUUUGAGGGGAUCCAACAAAGUUGUGGCACAUGGAAGAAUGCGAUCGAAUUGCAAUUUUUUGACUUACCAUCAAAGGCCAUGGUUUUGCCAUGCGAGAAGAACGAAGCCACCAUUCCAUUUCGCAAAAACUGUACUGUCUUCGUGCAAAUAGUCCAGCCUAAUCUGAUUUGCCGUUCCAAACUGAACAUUGCCAUUCGGCCAUUGUAUUCGAAACCAGAAAAGAGCUUCAACGUAUACAGGGGUAGCUGGUUCAAUGCAAUUCUCGAACCGACAAAACCUGAAUCGUGGAGUGGCGUUGAAGCGCUGUCUGACCUGGUUGUAAAGGCCAACGCUAGUCAACAAUCGAUGGCGGUUGAGUGGAGAAACCCCAUCUGCUUCAAGGACACGGCCACAUCUCCGACAAACUUAAGCAUUAUUUCACCCGGUAUUGAAGACUCGCAGGAGUAUCACUUGACAAUUCCAUCUCAAUGCUCAAGGUCGAACAAGAAUCCAACGAAAAGCUCCAUUAUCAUCAAUAACGGUCAAAUAACGUGCUCUGACGGCAAGUUAUUACCAGAUAAGGAUACUAUCAACAUGAUACCAUGCACUAAUUAUUCUCUCAGAUUGACUCCAAUGAUAACUGGAGAUACAGAAUUUCUCAGCCGUAUCUCGGUAUCAACCACUUUCACUACCGAGUUUAUUCCUUUAGAAUUCGAUGACGUUUCACCCGAUAAUAUGAGAUUGGUUACGUCUCACUCGAAUGGCGAAGAAUGGGCAUUGAAACUGAACGUACAAAAGAAACGCUACCCUUGUGAUGAUCGCAUCAUUUCGGCCACAUUCAAAAUACCUGGCGCUAGACUAAUGGAACAGACUGUCCCGUGCAAUCAGAACAUCGCUUGUGACGGCACAGUAGAAUUCAAUCAUUUAAACUUGUGCCUACCUCUCGCAGUUACUGUCGGCUUCCAGUACCCCAAAGCGGACACUGACCAAGUGUUUUGGUUCAACAAAACCCUUCCGCCAUUGGUUGAAAACACUGGUCAGAUAGACUCUUUUCCAAUCGAACUUGAAGUCCAACAAGUUGAGCGACACGUCUUGCAACUGAAAUGGAAAGAUCCUGUUUGCCUAAACGGAGUGGCAUUCUCUUGGAAUAUGGAAUUUCGCCAAGGGAAUGGAAGUCUUCAUCGUGUCUUAAGCAUUCCGUACAACUGCUCCGGCAUCAGCGAAAAAUCCUCAGGGUUUCACCAGGUUGAUUUAGAAUCGGGCAAACUUGUGUGUCAUGAAAAUCGGCAACUGCAUGACAUUGAUCUCUCUCCGUGUACUGAUUACACUCUUCUUGUAACUCCGGUUGUCAAAGGGAAAUCACCCGCAGAGCUAUUGGAAUUUUCACAAUCAGUCAAUUUCACCUCACCAUUUAGUCCUUCCAAUGUUGGUGAUGUGAAAAUCGUUAAUGCCACAUCAAAUAACUUCGAACUCUAUUUGACCAUACCGUCACAGUGCGUGAAUUCUGCCGAAAUAGACGUGGAAGUGAAUGGCUCCGUUUUCUCUAUACAGCCUGCGGAUAACGCUCCAGGUUCUAGCGUAGCGUGCGAUGAGGAGAAAUGUCGAAUUUCUCGCAAAACUAUUGCAGGCGAAGUGUCUUUAGCGCCUUGUUCAGAUUACAACGUCCGAGUUGAAACAACCAACUUCAAGUUGACCACGUUUCCUGGAGAUAGUGAAUUGGAAGUUUCACCCGAUCAAACUUCGGUUACUGCGGUGAUCGGUAACAACCAGAACUACUUGGACAUUGAAAUGGCAUUUUAUACGUUCGACGAGCGAUGUUCUGUACGAUUGGUUGCGAUUGAACUCCAGCUUCCUGAUGUCCAUCCUCCAGUUCAACACGUUUUACUAUGUGAAGUUGGAACGGAGGAAAACUCCACGACCGUGGUUUGUUCUGGGCAAGUCAUAGUCCACAGAAUGGACAGAUGCGAAGCAACACCGAUCAUUUUUCGCCCGUUAUACGAGGACAUUUCCUUCGCCAAAGAAGUUCGUUGGGCUACAAAGGAGCUAAGCCCUCUCUUGAGUAAAUUGCAGAGAAAUGAGAAGAACAUGAUGAUACCUGAAGUAAAGGUGGUGAACGGCGAUAAGCAUCAAAGCGUCCUAGUGAAUUGGGAAGAACCAGUGUGUUUACUAGCUGAUUCCUUGUCAUGGGAAAUCCGAAUCAACAGCACGGCAGACGAUGUCCAUCGAAUCCGAGUGCCGUCUGGGUGUUCUGCUACCGGUAAAGGGUCGCCGUCUUUCGAACACGGCGUUAAGCUGGAAAAUGGUCACUUAUCAGCAUGCAAUGAUUCAACCAACAGUCUGGUUUUUUCUGAAAGCAAUUUUACCUUUUUGCCUUGUUCAAGCUAUUUAGUCAGUGUAAUUCCAGUGCAAAAUCAUUCAGAGUCCACUGGGCUGAAUGGGUAUGCGCAAUCUACUCUUCUUAACAUUCCGUUCGCCGUCGACGUACCGAAUGUGACGAAUGUUACGUCAAAUCUGUUCCGCUUGGAGUGGUCGUUUCCUCUGGAAUGCUUGUACUACAUUGAGAUGAAUCAAUCAACUGUGGAAAUCAAUGGAACCGAAAUUGAAAUCAAUCCGUUAAUCCUUCCCUUGGAAUGCGAUGAAGUGAAAUGCACCAAGGUGUGGACGAGCCCCGAAAAUUUAACCUCAUGCACCGAGUUCAACGUUUCGUCUGGCUCGAUCAUUCAAAAGGUGUUCACUUUGCCAGAUCCACUUCAGGGCCAAUUGACGUGUGAUUCCAAUUACGCGACCACAGUUUUGAGCGCUACGUCGAUUAUCGACAGCUGGACUUCGCUUACACUUAUAAUCGGCCUUUCGAUGUUAGGCUCCGCUCUACUGGGCAUUGUCGUAGGCAUUGGUUACGGCAUCCACAAAAGCUGCAAUGAAGCCGGACGUGACGAACGUUACAUCCAACGCUUUCGGGAUAUUUAUAUUUAGUGUUUAGAGUACCGAUCGUUAUUGCACCAGAAAACGUCAUCAGCAUCUACAUUAUUUUUUUUUUUAUUCGAAGGAACACUGAGUCCGGAAAAUUAGACAUCAAGAAACGAACCAACGCCCAUUUCAAUCAACCCAGGGCUCUUUCAUUAGCUGAAAAUACUAACGUAACGGGCGUGGCUUUCUAGAUUAUAAAUUAAUUAAAUUGAUUCAUCUGGCAAAAACUAUUAAUUACAAUAUUAAUCUUUACAUCUCUGUAAUGCUUGUCUUGAACUAAAGUUUUUUUUUUUUUCGUUUGUUGCCUUCCAUUCGUUGAGCAAAUUAUUUCAAAUACAAACAAAUUUUGCAGAUUUUA